UUUGGAUCUUAUGUCCCUAAAACUCAGAGUCUCUCUAGUAUGAAGUUGAAAAUAACUACCGGCUCAACCGAGACCCUUAAACACACGCUCGGCGCAAUCAUUGCAAUCCGGAAGUUUUGUGUAUUCCGGUUCACCCCCGAUACGCUUACGAUCAUCUCUGCGUCGCUCUCGGAGCCCCAGAUCUGGAGCACUAUUGCCGCUACGGCGUUCCUGACUUACGAAGUCGAAUCGGUACGUGACAACAUCGUUUCGGUUGAACUCAACAUCGAGCCGCUCCUUCAGGUCCUCCGCAGCUUUCACAAGACGGCAAGCUCAGACCAGCUCAAUAUCCGACUUCAGCGGAAGAACGCCGUGCACGGUCAGCGGUCUGCAAGCUUGGCAUUGUUCUAUACGGAACAGAACGCAUCCGGACACCUCAUUACGAACACAUUCCGCAUCCCCGUGCGGGUAUUGAACAAGGAAAGUGACGAGCGAAUCCUGGAGCCUCUCCUCACGAAAGUAGAUGUCUUGAUCAAGCUUCCGCUGGGAAUUACGUCGCUUUUCAAGCGCAUAGAGCGAUAUAAACGGACGGAUAAGGUUACGGUGACCGGCACGCGCAACGGCUAUCUUGGCUUGACCAUCAAAGAAGACGGAUUGAAAGUAACCAUGUCGUGGAACGCAUUGUUGGAUGUCAGUGAGGACGAACGGGGCAGCCAGAGCCAGAGCCAGCAUGAGGUAGGGCCAGACGAGCCGCUUUCGGUGGAUGUUAAACUCAAGGACUGGCGUCUCGGGGCCAAGAUGUGUGAUUUUUGCUCCAAGGUGGUGUUGAUCAUCAGUCGAGGGGAGGCCUUGGUGAUCCAUUGCUAUUCGGAUGACGAUCAAAGUGAGAUUAUUUAUUUUCUCAGCUCCGUGAGUGGGUGAGGUGAGGGAAGUGCAAGAAUC